CACUCCUGUAGUUAGUGGCCAGAACUCUUUUUUCCCUUCCUUCCACCCCCCUCUUCUCCCCUCUCCCCUCUCUUCUCCUCUCUCCCCACCCACUCGCCCCUGCAGUUCAAAUGCAACUUUUUCUUUGUGCCUGUGAAGUUAGUGCGAUCUCUCUCUCUCUCUUUCUCUCUGUGUGUCCAAAGGGGGAGGGAAGUUUGUUUCCUGCAUUCCUGUCAUUCUCACAGAAUGAGCCAUAGCAGACUAAUUAUUACCAGCGGCUUGACUCCAGGAGGGAGGGAGUAGAUGGGAGGGAGAGCAGAGAGAGAAGAAAGGAGAGGAGAAAGAGAAAGAGAGGGAGAGAGAGAGAAAGAAAGAAAGAGAGAGAGAGGGGAAGGAAAGAAAGAAAAGAUGACCAUUUAGCAUUACUGGAGAUUGUUGAGAAGUUGAGGUUUUAACUGUGGAAGGGUUGGUUUGGGGGUUAAGUCGCUCUGGGCAAGAGGGAAGGAGAGGAAGGAGGGAGGGAGAGAGAGGGAGGAGAGAGAAAGAAAGAGAGAGGGAGGGAAAGGGAGAGAGAGAGAGAGAGUUGGGGAGUUUACAUUGUAGCCAGGGAUAGUUUCAGAGUAGCAGCUUCGCCAGGAUGUGCCUCGACGUGGCAGAAGUGACCAGCGAGUGCCCGGCCGCCGCUCGGCAGCGCUGAGUAACUCCAGGGGAGACGAGACGGGCCUUGACGGACGUCCCCAGCGCCGAACAAGCUUGAGAUGAGAAAUUCGGAAGAAGGUGCCAGCGGGACAGUUUUGCAGCGAUUGUUACAGGAGCAACUUCGUUAUGGGAACCCCAGUGAUAGUCGCAACCUGCUCGCUCUCCACCAGCAAGCCACGGUGAACGUCAUCGCCUUCAACAGCAAGGGCUCGGUCAUCAGCUCAGUCGAUGGCAUGACCCAAGAUGAGCGGCAGAUUGUCCCGCAUUCCGCACGACAGGAGCCCCAGGGUCAGGAGCUACAGGUCGACAACGGCGCCAUGGAGAAGCAGCUGCAGGUCCGCAUCGGCGGGGGGCCGGCGCAGAACGCCGAGGAGCUGCCCACGUACGAGGAGGCCAAGGUGCAGUCGCAGUUCUUCAGGGGGCAGCAGCACACGGCGGCAGGCACCGCCUUCUUCGUCACCGGCAUCAACAACCAGAAGAUGAGGACGGAGGGGAGGUCCACGGUGCAGCGGGUGGGGGCGGCCAAGGUCCACCAGGACGACGGGCUGAAGGACCUGAAGCAGGGCCACGUCCGCUCGCUGAGCGAGCGCCUGAUGCAACUCUCGCUGGCCACCAACGGCGUCAAGGCGCAGGCGGCGUCCAUGGCCGGCGGCGGCGGCAUCAUCUCGCCGCAGCACGCCGGCGAUUUCUACACUAGCGCCGCUCACGUCCUCCCUCAGAUAUCGGUGAAGGGGCUGGACCCUCGCGGACCCCCGCCCGACUACCCCUACAAAAGCACCCUCACCCUCGCGCCCAAGGCUCAGGACUGUGGCAAUUACUACGGCGACUUCCGACUGGGAAUGAUGUCGGAGAUUCUGAAGCCGGGCCACAAUUUGCAGCAUGUCCGGCUGGAUGCUCCCGGUGUGAGAUACCUGCCCCCUCCGGAUUACGGUGCCAUCAGGCAGAGUCAAGAUGGGCAGCUAUUCCAGCAGCACAGUUAUCAGCACAGCCCUUCAUCUUCGCAGGCAUCCCUGGGGUCGUUGUCUGGGAUGCAGUCGCAGGCUUUACCCAUGGGCAUCAUGCCCCAGCCAGCGCCGCCCCCUGCCAACCACAUGUACCAGACCUUCCCUGGAGACCCCCUGGCCAUCGUGCUGCGGGCCCAGCAGAUGGUGGAGAUCCUCUCCGAAGAAAACCGAGCCCUUCGCCAGGAGCUGGAGGGCUAUUACGACAAGGUGGCUAAGCUACAGAAGCUGGAGAUGGAGAUUGAGCGAGUUUCGGAAGCCUACGAGAACCUGGCAAAGUCCUCUUCCAAGAAGGAGACUUUGGAGAGAGCCAUGCGCAACAAGCUGGAAGGGGAGAUCCGGAGGCUCCACGAUUUCAAUCGAGAUCUCAGAGAUCGCUUGGAAUCUGCGAACAAGCAACUUGCGGUUAAAGAAUGUGAGGGUUCUGAAGACAAUCGCAAGACCAUCGCUCAGCUCAUGGGGCAGAAUAAGGAAAAUUUGAGAGACAAGGAGAAGCUGGAGAUGGAACUGUCCGCCCUCAGGGCCAAUAACGAGGAUCAAAGGCGGCACAUUGAGAUCCGAGAUCAGGCUCUGAACAACACCCAAGGCAAAGUGGUCAAGUUGGAAGACGAGCUGAAGAGGAAGCAGGUGUACGUGGACAAGGUGGAGCGGAUGCAGCAGGCCUUGAUCCAGCUUCAGGCGGCCUGCGAGAAACGGGAACAGCUUGAACACAGACUGCGGACCCGACUCGAGAGGGAACUGGAAUCCCUUCGAAUGCAGCAGCGCCAGGGCACCACGCAGACUGCCUGCGGCCCGGAGUAUAACGCCACGGCUUUGAUGGAGCUGCUGCGUGAAAAGGAGGAGAGGAUCCUGGCGCUGGAGGCGGACAUGACCAAGUGGGAACAGAAGUACCUGGAGGAAAGUGUGAUGCGCCAAUUCGCAUUAGAUGCGGCUGCAACUGUGGCUGCUCAAAGGGAUACGACAUCCUUGGGCCAUUCACCAAAUGGAAGCUACGAAACGUCCUUGGAGGCCAGGAUUCAGAAGGAAGAGGAAGAAAUCCUCAUGGCUAAUCGGAGGUGUCUUGACAUGGAAAGCAGGAUUAAGACCCUUCAUGCUCAGAUAAUUGAGAAGGAUGCGAUGAUCAAAGUCCUCCAGCAGAGGUCAAGGAGAGAGCAAGUGAAAACGGAACAGCCAGCUGCGUUAAGACCGUCAAAGUCCUUGGUUUCUAUCUCCAACGCUACCUCUGGGCCCACGUCCUACUCCUCACUGCUGUCCAGUAACCCCAUCAUUGAGGAGAAGAAGGAGGACAGGAGCUGGAAGGGCAGUUUAGGUUUCCUGCUGAGCCCGGACAGGAACGAGUUGCAGUCGUCGUCCUCCUCCCCCGUCCUGCCCUCCACGCCCGUCCCGUCAGCGCACUCCAAGACGGGGAGUCGUGACAGCAGCACCCAGACGGAGCGUGGACCUGAGCACAACAAGCUGGGCGCUGUGUCACUCGCGCCCGGGAAGCUCGGCACCAACAGCCCCACACAGCUGGAAGCAACAGGCAACUAUAAUGACUAUACCCCAUUUCUAAGCAGCACGCUCGACAGGAGAGGCCCCCCGCUGCCGAGAGCGCAGGACUUUUCCGACAAUGAGAUGGUGGAAAUCCUGAUCUAAAACCUGCCUUCACCCAGGACGGAGCCAGGCGCGGCUGCAGACAAUCCGAUUGGGCGUACCCGAACUCUUGGGCCGAUGGAGUCUGGAGGAGUACGAGAGAGUAUAGAGUGUGGGAAGGAGCUGCAGAUGCUGGUUUACACCGAAGAUGGACACACACAAAUCGCUGGGAGUAACGCAGCGGGACAGGAGAGCAGCAAUGGGUGACGUAUCGGGUCGAGGUCCUUCUUCAGGCCCAAAUCGUCGCCCAUUCCUUCUCUCCAGGGAUGCUGCCUGUCCCGCUGAGUUACUCCGGCAUUUUGAGUAAAAAGUGGAUACUGAUCCGAACUAGAGGUGCUGUUAUAACAGAAUGCCCAGGGCGAAGACACAAAAAUAAGUGAAAGGAUGCAGAUCCUUUGUCCUUGUACUUUCCCUGUCCUAUAAGGAGUAUACAAAGAGUGAACUCUUCAUACCCCUGCCUGAUAUAAACUGUUUGUAGUGCCAGCACUGCCUCGAACGUAACAUUCCAACUAGAGCGAAUGCCUUUACAUGGAAGUAUUAUGAAUGCAAGGAGGAAGAGGUCAGGCAACUAUGUCUUUGACCAUCAAAGGUCUUACUGAAGAAGGACAGGGGACCUUCGAGGAACAAAAAUGGCUGCCGUCAAUAGUGGACCAAACUUUUAGUCCUUUCAAAGCCAGCGAGAAUGUCAUUCUGUGUAGGAAGGAACUGUAGAUGCUGGUUCAAACCGAAGAUAGACACAAAAAGCUGGAGUAACUCAGCCGGACAGGCAGCAAACGUAAGGGUUUGGGCACGCAAGAGGCAGGAAACA